AACAGCCUGUGAAUGUUUUAAAGCAAACAGCAGCUAAACACUGCAAGAACAUUGUAUUAUUGCUUAAUUAUACUAACAGUUAAAAACUGACAAAUACAGACUGCUAUGUAAAUUCCAAUAAGACAGUGCUGUGUGACCAGCAUCAGGAGAUCAGUCACCAUGACAACCAAGCGCGGACUGAUAACUGAUUCAUUCAAGGUGAUGAAGAGAACAAGGAGGGGGAUGAAACGAGCGAAGACACCUUCUUCUCCUCCUCCGCCACAGAAAGCAGAGGCUGAAACUAAAACGAUCCGGGAGGAGGAACUGGAGACGCUCAGACAUUUUGAUCUGGACUGGAGAUUUGGGCCUUGCACAGGUAUCAGCAGGUUACAGAGAUGGGAGAGAGCAAAGCUUCAUGGUCUGAGCCCACCUGAGGAGAUCAGAGACCUGCUGCUGCAAACACACACUGACCCCGAGUACAGCCGGAGCCUGUGGAGCGAAUACCCUUUGUGAGGAAGACAUCGUAAGACACAGAAGAAUGACAGAGCAUCCAGUUGUGUGUUUUUUCCUUGCAGUUGCACCACACUGCUUCUGCACAGUCUACUACAUUUUUAAUAAAAAAGAAGUUUGCUAAUUUUA